AUUUCAACAAGUGGUAUGGAUAGGGGAAUAUUCAUUUGGAAAACAGAUUGGUCUAAAUCAUAAUAGUAGUUAAUGUUGUAGGAUGAGAAUGCUUACGGAAAAUACGAUGAGGAUAUUGAUGAUUUGGCUGCUCUAGCAGUUCCACAGGAAAAGAUUAGGAGGUUUGGAUCUGAUAAGUAUGGCAAGGUGAGAAGAAGAGAUAAUCAAUUCGAAAAGAAUGAAGACCAAUAGAAUUACAAUGACUAGAAUGAGAAAGGAGAUGAAUUCACUAUUAUUCGACCCUGGAUGGGAGCUAUUAAAGAGCCUUCCAAUUAUUAUAAAGAUCCAUUGAACCAAAAUAAACAGCCUUUGGUGGAAUUGACCUUAGAAUACGUUCAUGGAUAUCGUAGCAAGGAUUGCAGAAACAAUGUGAAAUACUUAAAGAGAGGACAGAUUGUUUAUAAUGUUGCUGCAUUGGCUGUUGUCUUAGAUCCCAAUCCCAAUGCAAAUACUAAUUCAAAUGCACAACGAUUUUUCAAUCAUCAUACUGAAGAUGUGGUAUGUUUGGAUGUGUCUAAUGAUCAAUUUAAGGUAGCUACUGGAUAAUUAGGAGCUAAUCCAUGUAUUUACAUAUGGGAAAGCAACACUUAAGCCAUUAUCUGCUCACUUAAAGGUUAUUUUACAAAAGGAAUCUUGCAAUUGGCAUUUAAUGACUCAGGAGAUAAAUUGGCUGCUAUUGGAAUGGAUGAUUGUCAUCAAUUAUGCAUUUUUGACAUACAAUCUAAAUCUUUGACUGGAGGAACAUUACUGGUCAAGGAUCAAAUUGGUAAGUAUAUUGUCACAGACAUUAAAUGGAAAAAUGAUUCUGAAUUUGUUACAUGUGGCUUAAAUCAUCUUAAAUUCUGGAAAUUAGGACAUGGAGGUUUGACUUACUCUAAGGCUUAUCCUUAAAAACCUCUGUCUUAUAAAUACUUAUGUGCAGCUGUCAAUAAUGAAGAUUAUUUGUUGGGUGCUGUUGAUGGAUCCUUGCAAAUCUUCUCUGGUGGCAAAUUCACAGCAUUUUACCAAUAUUUAGAGGCUAAUCGAUCAUUAGAAGCUAUUAGUUUUUCCAAAGAUUUGUAUUUAUAAUUAUAUUCAUCUUUAGUAUUCUUAUUGGAGGAGCUGAUUCUAAGAUUGUCAUUAUAGAUUCCAAGACUUACAAAUCCAUUUUAUCUUUUAAAUUAUCAGAAUGCAUGAGAAAUUCUUUGGGAUUAGAGGUCAAGUCCAUUUAGUUAGGAUAUGAUCAAAAGACUUUACUUGUCUCAACUAAUUCUGGAGAUAUUGUUGAAUUAGUUACUAAAGAUGCCAAAAUCAAUAUUAAUUCCAAGUUUGCUGUUUCAAAAACCUUAAUGAAAUCUCAUUGUUCUCCAAAUAAGCGAUCUUUGAAUGAAAUUUGGGGUUUGGCUAUUAACCCAUAGGAUUCUGAUCAAUACUAUACUUGUGGAGAUGAUGGAACUCUAAGAUCUUGGUCUAUCAGUCAAAAGAAAAUGCUCAAUUGCAUCAAAACCAAUCUUGAUGUUAAUGGAGCAGAAAUCAAACAAGAUGAAGUUGGUGAAUUGCCUGAUAAUACAAAAGGUAGAUGUAUAGCUGUUUCUUUGGAUGGUAUUUCGAUAUGCGUAGGAUUUAAGGAUGGAACAUUUAGAGUAUUUUAUAAUUAAUUACGUUAAGAUUUAUGAUAAAGAAUUCAAAUAAAAAUAUGUGAAUAGAUUGGCCAAAGAGUGGAUUAGUGAUAUCAAAUUCAGUCAUGAUCAAUCUUGGAUUGCAAUUGGAUCUCAUGAUAAUUCCAUAUAUAUCUAUAGUUUCCCAGAUAUGAAACAACGCUACAAACCACUCAAGAAACAUUCAAGUUACAUUACUCAUAUUGAUUUCUCCAUAGAUGGAAAUCAUCUUCAUAGCAAUUGUGGAGGGUAUCUAAUUAACAUAUAUAUUAUUCAGAUAUGAAUUGUUGUUUUGGGAACUUCAAUCUGGUAAACAAUUGCCCAAUGGAGCAAAUUAAUUAAGAGAUGAAAAAUGGUUGACUUGGACUACNUCCAUGUAUUUACAUAUGGGAAAGCAACACUUAAGCCAUUAUCUGCUCACUUAAAGGUUAUUUUACAAAAGGAAUCUUGCAAUUGGCAUUUAAUGACUCAGGAGAUAAAUUGGCUGCUAUUGGAAUGGAUGAUUGUCAUCAAUUAUGCAUUUUUGACAUACAAUCUAAAUCUUUGACUGGAGGAACAUUACUGGUCAAGGAUCAAAUUGGUAAGUAUAUUGUCACAGACAUUAAAUGGAAAAAUGAUUCUGAAUUUGUUACAUGUGGCUUAAAUCAUCUUAAAUUCUGGAAAUUAGGACAUGGAGGUUUGACUUACUCUAAGGCUUAUCCUUAAAAACCUCUGUCUUAUAAAUACUUAUGUGCAGCUGUCAAUAAUGAAGAUUAUUUGUUGGGUGCUGUUGAUGGAUCCUUGCAAAUCUUCUCUGGUGGCAAAUUCACAGCAUUUUACCAAUAUUUAGAGGCUAAUCGAUCAUUAGAAGCUAUUAGUUUUUCCAAAGAUUUGUAUUUAUAAUUAUAUUCAUCUUUAGUAUUCUUAUUGGAGGAGCUGAUUCUAAGAUUGUCAUUAUAGAUUCCAAGACUUACAAAUCCAUUUUAUCUUUUAAAUUAUCAGAAUGCAUGAGAAAUUCUUUGGGAUUAGAGGUCAAGUCCAUUUAGUUAGGAUAUGAUCAAAAGACUUUACUUGUCUCAACUAAUUCUGGAGAUAUUGUUGAAUUAGUUACUAAAGAUGCCAAAAUCAAUAUUAAUUCCAAGUUUGCUGUUUCAAAAACCUUAAUGAAAUCUCAUUGUUCUCCAAAUAAGCGAUCUUUGAAUGAAAUUUGGGGUUUGGCUAUUAACCCAUAGGAUUCUGAUCAAUACUAUACUUGUGGAGAUGAUGGAACUCUAAGAUCUUGGUCUAUCAGUCAAAAGAAAAUGCUCAAUUGCAUCAAAACCAAUCUUGAUGUUAAUGGAGCAGAAAUCAAACAAGAUGAAGUUGGUGAAUUGCCUGAUAAUACAAAAGGUAGAUGUAUAGCUGUUUCUUUGGAUGGUAUUUCGAUAUGCGUAGGAUUUAAGGAUGGAACAUUUAGAGUAUUUUAUAAUUAAUUACGUUAAGAUUUAUGAUAAAGAAUUCAAAUAAAAAUAUGUGAAUAGAUUGGCCAAAGAGUGGAUUAGUGAUAUCAAAUUCAGUCAUGAUCAAUCUUGGAUUGCAAUUGGAUCUCAUGAUAAUUCCAUAUAUAUCUAUAGUUUCCCAGAUAUGAAACAACGCUACAAACCACUCAAGAAACAUUCAAGUUACAUUACUCAUAUUGAUUUCUCCAUAGAUGGAAAUCAUCUUCAUAGCAAUUGUGGAGGGUAUCUAAUUAACAUAUAUAUUAUUCAGAUAUGAAUUGUUGUUUUGGGAACUUCAAUCUGGUAAACAAUUGCCCAAUGGAGCAAAUUAAUUAAGAGAUGAAAAAUGGUUGACUUGGACUACACCAUACGGAUGGCCAGUUUAAGGAAUAUGGCCAGAUAUGCAAGAUGGCAGUGAUAUCAAUGCUGCUGUAAGAUCAAAUAAGACUUACAAUGAAAAGGAUAAACCACCUGACAAUUAUCAUUUGAUUGCAACUGGUGAUGAUAACUCUUAAAUCAAAGUAUUCAGGUAUGUGCUACUUAUAAUAAAAUAGAUAUCCAUGUGUUAAGAAAGAAUCAGGCUAUGUUCUAGGAAAAGGACAUUCAUCACAUAUUACCAACAUUGCUUGGUCUAUGGAAGAUCACUACCUAUUUAGUAUUGGUGGAGAAGACAAUUCUAUAUUCUAAUGGAAAAUCAGUAAAUUGAGAUGA